ACUCACACUCACACACACAUAAACAUGAUUGGCUCAAUAUCCUAUCCCAAAACCCUCCACCCUCUCCAAGUUUUCUCAAUGAAAUUAUCUCCAUCUUCUACCCUAAGCUUCACGAAGAUCAAAACCCUAAUCCACACGCUCAUAUUCUCACACGUGUGCCGCAUCACCCGCGCUCUCUCAAAAGCCAAAACCAUCCUCAUUGAAGUCGUUAAGGAAAUCCAGCCCGUCCAUUUCAUGUACUCAUCACAGAACAAGAACAAGAACAAGAACAAAAAGCUCUUCUUUGGCUCGUUUAGGCUGCACUAUAAUUGGUGCUCUUCGCAUGUUGUUCCGGUGCCGGCGCCGGUUUUAGGCGAGACCCAUUUGUACUAUGACUCCACGUGGAAUUCUUUACUUUCGACGGAGCAAACAGGGGAGUCUGCCGCCGCCGCCGGGGAGUCGUCGCAGCUCUCUGGGUACCUCCAAUGGCUUGAGGAAAAGGUUCACGAUAAUUCAGACGAGGAUAUCAAUGACAUCGAUAAGCUAGCGGAGAUGUUCAUAGCAAGCUCCCACGAGAAAUUUCAGCUGGAGAAGCAGGAAUCUGCGAGGAGAUUCCAGGAAAUGAUGGCUAGAAGCAUGUGAUCAUAUUCCAACAGACUCUGGGUAGAAAGAAGCAUGUGAAAUAUGAUGGUGUUUUGUUGUACAAUUCCUACCUUUUUUUUCUUCCCACUCUCUUAAUUUCUUAUGUCAAUGAUUGGUUGGAUUCGGUUUUUUCCUUUUUUUUGUAAUUUGAAGUUCUUCAUUCCUCUC